CGUAGUUCACAGUCAAAGUUUAGCAGCGAUAACAGUGACUUUGAAAACCAGCACAGCAACUCUCGAAACUCAAGCAUUUCCAGAAAUCUCCCAGAUGGCUAAUCAAAGCGACGUGUCGCCAGCCAAUGCAAAGGCGGAAAGUGAAAUCGCGCAAUUUUUCUCAGACCGUAGAGUUCUCGUAACAGGUGGCUUGAGCUUCCUGGGGAAGCUUCUGAUCGAAAAAUUGUUGCGAUCCUGCCCGAACGUUGCGAUAAUAUAUGUACUCGUAAGAAGAAAAAGUGGAAAGGGUCCUCAGGCACGCGUGCAGCAACUUGUUGAAUUGCCCUUUUACGAGAGACUGAAGAAGGAGCAGCCCGACUUCUUGCAGAAAUUAAGAGUGAUCGAGAGUGAUCUGAACAUGACAAAUUUAGGUUUGUCUCCGCAAGAUCGGGCCAGGCUGCUCGAUACGAAUGUUAUUUUUCACGGUACGGCGAUCAUACGAUCCAAUCAAAACCUUCGCACCAUGGCGAACGUUCAUGUGCAGAGCACGAAGCAGAUGCUAUUGUUGGCGAAAGAGAUGCCCGAUCUUAAGGCUUUUGUUUAUCUGUCGACCGUCUUCGCUCAUUCGCCAAUCCAAUCCAUCGAAGAGAGACAUUACCCUCCACCCAUGGAGACCGAUCAAUUAUUAUCGCUGUUAAAUACCUUGAACGACAACAAGCUGGAGGCUAUCGCACCGGCAUUGAUUGGCAACUGGCCCAGCAUAUUCACAUUCACGAAAGCAAUCGCGGAGAACACGGUGCUGCAAUGCAGUGGCAACACUAUACCAGCGUGCAUCGUGCGAGCGUCCGUCGUGACUUCGACCUGGAAGGAGCCGAUCGUGGGCUGGGCUGACAGCGUGUACGGGCCCGUUGGCCUCUUGGUCGGCUCGAGCCUCGGUUUAUUGCGCACAAUACAUUGCCACACCGACAAAAAGCUCGACUUCAUACCGGCCGAUUACGUGACGUCGAGCCUGAUCGCCGCCGCCUGGCACACCGACGAGAGGAAGGUGAAGAAAAAUUUUAAAGUAGACGUGAACACCGGCAUCGUGCCGGACGUGGAAAGGGUGAAGGUGUACAAUUGCGUGUCGUCGUGUCAAAGUCCGAUAACCUGGCGAACGUUCCGAAAACACGUACGCGACCACGGAUCGAAGAUACCGGGUGCAAAAAACAUCCGGCUACAGUGCAUGUUUUGGAACAGUAGAUUAUGGAUACAUAAGAUCCUCGUGUGUCUGUUCCACUUGUUGCCCGCGGUCAUGGUGGACGCGGUGGCCAAUCUCACCGGUCGGAAUUCAAGAUGCUGCAAGAUCUACGAGCUGAUACACGCUCAUCUCUCGGCCACGUCUUACUUUAUGACGCGGGAGUGGUACUUCACGAAUAACGCGAUCAUCAAACUGUGGCAACGAAUGAACGCGGUGGAUCGCGAGAUAUUCGAGUUCGAUAUGAGUAAUUUUGAUUGGGUCGAAUACGUGAAACGAAUGACACAUGGCAUUCGUGCAUUUGUCAACAAAACCCCGUGGGACGCUGUGAAGGAAGGAUUGGCUGAAUAUGAAACUCUGAUCCCCAUCGUUCGUUAAAACUCAGCUUGUGUACGUGUUACCGGAACGCGCUUUCUCUAUGUAAUUUAUAUAAUCGAGAGCUCAGUUUACGACACAGCCACAUAUUUCUCUUCUUAAAUGAUAUUUUAUUAUUAAAGACACACGUUGCAUCAAUUAUAUAUAAAGAUAUAUAUAUAUAUAUAUAUAUAUAUAUAUAUAUAUAUAUAUAUUACAAAUGACACAUUAAGAAUCAAAUAGUCAUUAAGUAGAAAGAUAAAAUAAAUAAAUUACA